UUUAACACGGCCGCACAGCUGGACACCCGCAUCUUCCACGAGUGCACGCAGAAGGACAAGGCGCUGUACGAGCGCCUGGUGCCGCGAGUCAAGGGCCAGCGCAAGUUCAGCCCCAUUCAGCUGCGUCGCCUGCAGCGUCUGGGCAUUGAGAAGACCGAUCCGGAUGCACUGACAGAGCAGGAGUACGGCGCCUUUGCCCGCCUGGACAUCGAUCCCGAGACGAUCAUGUGGGAGCGCGUGGUGGACAUCAACGAUCGCUACCUGCGCGCCAUCACGGUGGGCCAGUCGCCCACGGAGAAGGGCAUAACGCGCGAUCUUCCCGGCUUCACACUGGACGUCGAGGAUGUCUAUGUCUCGGCCGGAGCUGGUUUUGUGGUGGCCAUGUGCGGGGAGAUUACCAAAAUGCCAGGACUAUCCACGCGCCCGGCCAUCUACGACAUUGAUCUGAACACGGAGACGGGCCAAAUCGAGGGUCUGUUCUAG